AAACGUAUUUUAUAGCAUAGCUAUGAUAAUGUCAUUUUUAUUGUUGAUGCUGUAUAUACAAAUAUUGAUAUCACAACUAUACAAAUAUCAGACAGAGGCGUGCUUGAAUGAAAAACCACAUAUUAGCUCCGAAUGUAUACAAUAUAAAAGGACAAUUUAUUAUUCUAGUCGGCUAUUAAUUUAAGUGUCUGUUUUUAAUUAGGACACCUACACGUUCUGAUGACAUACAUGUAGGCCUACUUUUAGACAUUAUUUACUCAUAGGCAACUAUAUAGGAGAUCGGAAAUCUAAAAUCUAAAAAAACACAUAGCAUAGUGCACUAUUAUAUUUGGUAGCUUAUAUUUUAAACGUCUGGUGACGAGGACAUUUGACAUGAAUAUUGAAGUAUUGAUAGGUUUGUGGGUAUCAGUGUCUGUAUUGAUCAGUGGAAUUCAGGGGGUGCCAACGAAAUGCAACAAGGAACUAGUCGAUGCAUUCAACCAAUUCGCUCUAGACUUGCACAGAGAUUUAAGUACGGAUGAUCCAAACGGUAAUUUAAUAUUUAGUCCUUACAGUGUUGCUUCUUGCUUUCUGAUGGUGCUACUAGGGACUGCAGGUGAAACUGCCGACUCCAUUGCUGAAGUUUUCCACAUUACUCAAGCGAUCAGAGAAAGUGUCCACGCAUAUCGUAGGUGCAUAGACGAAUCGAUCAACGGACAUGAAUCUGUGAAACUCAAUACAGUAAACCGUGUCUACCCAGCAACGACGUUAAAUCUCCUCACCUCAUAUACAGAUGCUAUAACUGAAUACUAUGGGGAAGACGCUAAGAUUGAGCCACUUGAUUUUAAAAAGACUGAAGAAUCUCGUAAGAUUAUAAAUGACUGGAUAGCUAACGUUACAAACAACAAACUACAAAAUGUUAUUCAACCAAGUAACAUUAACGAGAUGACUGUGAUUGUUCUGGUGAACGCCAUUUAUUUCAAAGGUUCGUGGAAGUACAAAUUUCUCGAAAAGGAAACACACAAAACAAACUUCUUCACCGACAUAGACACUUCCACGGAAGUCGACAUGAUGGUGCAUCGAACACAUUUUCCGUACACGAACAGCCCGAAAUCGAUUCUCGACGCCCAGAUCGUGGAGUUACCGUAUGUCGGUGAUACCGUAAGUAUGGUCAUAUUGCUACCCAACAAUCGAUUCAGACUUGCAGAACUUGAACAAAAACUCACAUUGGCCAGGCUGAAGGAUGAAAUGAAAUAUUUGUUCCCUGACAGAGCAGUUACUGUGAGCCUGCCAAAAUUCAAGCUAAAGGAGAGGUACAUACUGAACAAUAAUUUGAAAAGACUGGGUAUGGAUCAUGUGUUUUCUGGUGCGGAUCUUAGCAAGAUGGCCAACGAUGACAGGCUUUCAAUUGACGAGGUCAUACAUGAAGCCUUCAUUGAAGUAAACGAAGAAGGUACUGAAGCGGCGGCAGUAACAGUAAUAGCAGGAGGGCGAUCUGGACCUCCACCACCCGUCAAAGUUACCUGUGACCAACCUUUCCUCUUCUUCAUACGUGACAAACCGACUGGCGCUAUCUUGUUUUGGGGUAGAUACACGACACCAGAUCCAGCUGAGGACACGUCCACAACAUCAUCUACGACCCAGCCUUCUACGGCAUCCAAGGCUCCAACUGUACCGGAAACAAUUGUCACAGAGGAACUAAAACAAACGAAAAUUACAGAUGCCCCGACUACUACUGAUGCGGGAAUAGAGACAAGCACUAAUCGAUACAAUAUGAAAAGAGUAGGGCACAAUUUUGAAGAGUGCAUCGAAAAAUGUAAAAUAAGAAAAGCCGCAAAAAACAAAACUAACAUUCAGCCAAAAUGUAUGAAGUUUUGUUUUAAACGAUUCCCGACAACACAGCUCUCAACUCCGUGAAUGUGGGCGCAUGCGCAUAAAUGGAUGAUCACAUGAUGUAUUGACUUCAGAUUUAUUUGUUUAAUAAGGAUAAUUAUACCUAACUGAUCUUAGUCAAUCGAAUUAUCGACUAUAUAUUAUUAAACAUCAAUCAAAUGUUUAAGGUGAUCGUGAAUUACUGUUCAAAUUUGUGAUUAUCAUUGGUUUUGUGCCCGCACAGUUCACUAUUUGGUUAGGAUUUUUUGGCUUGCAGCCGAUGAUUUUCAACACUUAUCCUAAACAUAUCGCUUAACCCUAAACUGUUAUUCUAUCCCUAACCCUUAACUAACCCUAACCCCUAACCCUUAACCCAUUACCAACGAAAGAAUCAGAAUUGACAUUAUUUCAAGGUUAGCCUGGACUAAAGAACGCUAAAUAUUAUAUAUUUUCAAAUAUUUGUAAAACAAGAUCGUUGUUCAAUAUGAAACUCAAAUUAUUUUACAGAAAUAUAUUUAUUCAGUCAUUUUCUCAACUAUAUUUACUGGAAAUUAAGUCCAAAAGGUAAUUUAUAAAGUUACAUUAAUAUUUUAUGUAAUGUAAGAAGACAGGACCAGUUUUGAAAACCUUUUAUUUGCCUUGCUUUCAUUACUUUUGAAUCAACUAUAAAUACGGACAACUCAACCCCUAGGAAACCCAUCUCCGAACAACCCAUCACUUGAUAACUAAACCCCCGGAACAACCCAACCCCUGGACAACUCAGUCCCUUAAAAAGGCAUCCCUGAUGAACAUCCGAACCCCUGGACAACUCAAACCCUUCAAAAGUAAUCUCUGAACAACUCAACCAUGGAACAUCUCAACCCAUUGAAAAUUCACCCCUGGACAACUAAGCCUCUGAACAAAUCAAUCCAUGGACAACUCAUUCCCUUGAAAAGUCAUCUCGGAACAACUGAUCAACUCCUUGAAGGCUGUAGCAGUAACUUGCUAUUGAGGGUCAUUACAGAACUAUAGCAUGAAAUCAUUUUGUUGAUAAACAUUAUUAUGUCAUUAUAUUAUGAUAUUUAGCAGCAUGAUCAAUGUAAUGUCAAAGUUGUGAGAGACAAAUAAAAUGGAUUCACAUAGCUC